GAGGGGCAGCUUUAGCUACCCAUUCGGUAGCAAAUGCUUGCUUGCUAUAAAACCGUCGCAAGGUCAAGAUCAGUCGGUUAAUCCCAUACCCAGUCAGCCAAGGGCCUUGCACCUUGCACCAUCUCCUGCGGUGGAUAUCUUUUAUCAUUUCUUGAAAGAAUAUCACAUCGAUUAUUUACUCGCCGUUGGUGAAAAUCGAUGGUGAUUGAGACGUGGAGGAGUCGAGGAUGGAGACCUGUGUGCUGAUACCUAGGGAAUUCUCACUCGCACUUGCCAGUGACUGCAAGAGGGACCUCUUCAAAAAUGAUGGCAAUGUUGCUGAUGUCAGGAUAUCCGUCUGGUCCAAUGUAUUCAUACCCUCUGGUACUCUUAUCUAUCCCUUCCAGGGAUCCAUCAGGUUCGAUAAGAUCGAUCUGUACUCACUCCUCGAUGAUAACGAUAUCAGACGGGAGUACGGCUGCUACGACGAGGUUUCCUUUUCAAACUACAACUUAAACCAUCGCAAGUGCAAUUGGAUCAGAUUCCUGAGAAUAGUCCAGGGAUACAGCGACCACGUGAACCUGAUCGGUACCAAAGUCAAAGGUGAGCCGAUAUUCGAGGUAAUCAAGGAUGUCCAGCCGGACUCGGAGCUCGUCGCCUGGUUUCUCCCAGCAUCCCACGAGGAUCUUGUCUUCAUAUCGCGUGACGUCUGUUCACGUUCAGCAAUCUACAGGUGCACCAUCGACUCAAUUCUCGCUGAGUCACCGCUGGACCUGUCAAAAACUCUGCUAUCACACCAGUCAUCGUUAUCACCGACGUACUACGAGGUUGACGAAUACGAAUCAACAUCCGAGGAGUCAUCAUCCUCAACCCUGUCCCUAGUCAGCGAUCAUUUAGACUGCAGUAUAUUAACAACAAUUAAACGAGGUGAACGAGUACUCCUUCCCUGCGAAGUCUGUGGCAAGUCAUUCGAUCGGCCCUCGUUACUCAAGCGUCACAUGAGGACUCAUACAGGGGAAAAACCGCACGUUUGUAUGGUCUGCAACAAGGGCUUCUCCACCUCGAGUUCCCUCAACACUCAUAAACGUAUACACAGCGGGGAAAAGCCGCAUCAGUGUCUCGUGUGCGGCAAAAAAUUCACGGCUUCCUCAAAUCUUUAUUAUCAUCGAAUGACGCAUAUAAAGGAAAAACCUCACAAGUGUUCGCAAUGCUCGAAGUCAUUUCCAACCCCUGGUGAUUUAAAAAGUCACAUGUACGUGCACAACGGUCUGUGGCCAUUCAGAUGUCACAUCUGCAGUCGCGGCUUCAGCAAGCCAACGAAUCUGAAGAAUCACAUGCUGCUACACCUCGGCAGAUGCUCCAACAAGAAAUUCAUAAAGUCAGAUCUAUAGCCCUCAGCCCACACAUCAAUGAA